AUCUUUCCCUCAAUUGACAUCUUAAGCGUAUACAUGAAUACUACACCGUCAACAUGCUCUUCCUAAGACCAACCCUCCGCACCACCCAUCUCCACCGCAAACGGCUCUUUUCCACCCCCCCCGACAAAACCGCGUCGUCUAUCGCAUCUUCAUUCCUCGAUAAACGCUUCAAAUCCCUCGGCCCUCAAACACGCACUCAAAACCUCGACGCAAACCAACUCCAACUCCUCACCCUUACCCUCAACCGCCCUUCCCUCUACCCAAACACCUCGUCCCUCUCAAAUAACACCACCCCGCCCCCGGCCGGAACACCCUUACCACCGGGGUACCAUUUGGUAUACUUCACGCCUGCGUUUCUGGAGAAUGAACUCGGGGCGGAUGGCACAGAUGUUUCAUAUAACCCCACGUCGCCAUUUACGCGACGCAUGUGGGCUGGAGGGGAAGUACAAUGGCCGCGCGGGACAAAAGGAAGAGUGAAUCCGUUACGGGUUGGACAGGAGGUUACAGAGACAACGAGGGUGCUCAGUGUGGAGCCGAAGGUUGUGAAGAAGACGGGGGAGGAGAUGAUUGUUGUUGGUGUUGAGAAGGAGUUUAGGAAUGAGGAGGGGGUUGCUGUUUUGGAUCGACGGAACUGGGUCUUCCGCAAAGCUCUUCCGAUUCCAUCGACAGCAUCUUCGUCAACAACACCGUCAUCACAGCAAUGGACACCACCACAACCCGCCUCAUGCAUAACAACUACAUCCGGCAACACGCACACACGAACCCUCCGUCAAACCCCGGUAACACUCUUCCGAUUCUCCGCACUAACAUUUAAUCCGCACAAGAUCCAUUACUCCGUGCCCUGGGCCCGAGACGUCGAGGGACAUAAAGAUAUUGUGGUCCACGGGCCAUUGAACCUCAUUUCCAUACUGGAUUUGUGGAGGGAUACAAGGUCUCAAAAUACCGAGGCGGAUUUGGAGGCUCUUGUGCCGGAGAGUAUCAAGUAUCGCGCGACGAGUCCGUUGUAUGCGGAGGAUGAGUAUCGGAUUGUGCUGGAGGAGAGUAAUGGGGUUGGGAAUGUGCAGAUAUUGGCGCCGGGGGAUGUGGUUGGUAUGAAGGCUGAAAUCAGCUGAACUUUCAGCUGUUCUGUAGAUAUAUCGUGGUAUUGUAAAUGCAGAAUAAUAUUGGAAUGUUGC